GGGAGGGCUGCAGGAGCCCGGACUGGAAAGUGUUCAGAGAAACACAACCAAAAGUUCAGAACGGAGAGUCAAGACGGAUACUUUCCGGAUGAUACACCCCUAAACCAGGAUUUUACUUGGAAUUGAUCACAGAACUGCCUUUUGACUUUACUUUGGACAUUUCAUUUGAUUUUUUUUUUAAUUGCUCCAAUCCUUCGCUUUUACGCACGACGGAAAAGUGUGUUCCAAAUUCUGCAGAUGUCGACUCAUCUAAACCAGGAUGUUUAGAUGAGUGCAGUAACUCAAAGAGGUGCUGGAAGAGGCUCUAAGAUGGCAGCUGUGAUGCUUCCAGGCGCCAUGGGCAACGUCAUGGAGGACGGCAUGAACGUCGUCAUCGUCAGCCACUACAACCACUCGGGCAAGUGGGACCGUCCCCGGGGGGGCGGGGCCUGCAAGACGGCGGUGCUGCUCCUCAUCUGCGUGCUGAUCGUCAUGGAGAACGUCACCGUCCUGCUGGCCCUGUGGAGGAACAAGCGCUUCCACAGCCGCAUGUACUUCCUCAUCGGGAACCUGGCGCUCUCCGACCUGCUGGCCGGCGUGGCCUACGUGGUCAACAUCUUCACCUCGGGCAGGAACACCUUCUUCCUCACCCCCGUGCAGUGGCUGGCCCGCGAGGGGAGCAUGUUCGUGGCCCUGAGCGCCUCCACCUUCAGCCUCCUGGCCAUCGGCAUCGAGCGCCACAUGACCAUGGUGCGCCUGCGCCCCUGCGAGACGGCGGGCCGCGGCCGGCUCCUGACCCUGCUGGCCGCCUGCUGGCUGGUGUCCCUGCUGAUCAGCGCCCUGCCCAGCCUGGGCUGGAACUGCCUGGACCACCUGGCGGCGUGCUCCACCGUGCUGCCGCUCUACGCCAAGAGCUACAUCGCCUUCUGCAUCAGCGUGUUCAGCGCCCUGCUGGCGGCCAUCGUGGUCCUCUACAUCCGCAUCUACCGGCUGGUCACCUCCAGCGGCCGCCGGGUGAGCAGCCGGCCGUCGGAGCGCUCGCUGGCCCUGCUGCGGACGGUGGUCAUCGUCCUGGGGGUGUUCGUCAUCUGCUGGUCCCCGCUGUUCCUCCUGCUCCUGGUGGACGUCGGCUGCAGCCCGGACAAGUGUCCCAUCCUCUACCAGGUGGACUGGUUCAUCGCCCUGGCCGUGCUGAACUCGGCCCUCAACCCGCUGAUCUACACCCUGACCAGCCGGGAGAUGAGGGCGGCCUUUUUCCGGCUGCUGUGCUGCUGCCAGGACGGCCUGGAGUCCGGCGGGAACACGGCGGCCGGGAACCCCCACGCGGGAACGUUCGUCCCCACGGCCGAGAACAGCAAGACCAGUUUCGGAGGAGGAGGGGGAGGAAGCGGGGCGGGGAAAUCCACCCUGAGCAGGGCCAGGCUUCCCAUGGCCGUCAACGCCGAGAACAAGCACGGAACCCCCCCCGCCACCGCCGUGCCACACCCCUCGGGGCCCGCCGACCUGCUCUCGGCCGUGCUCGUAAAGGCCGGGGCGCUGCCCCCCCUCGGCAAAUUCUGA